AGCGGCGCUGUGUAAGCUGCAUGCAGAAGCGCGUGGAAUCUGAAGAUAUAAGACCGGGCGACCCGCGAGCGUUCAAUAUCACAUUCCCUCUCUUCCACUACCCGUCUCGCAACCGGCGAUUCAUCGAGGUACCCAUCCUUACUACCUACUCAUCCCUACUACUCACCUACCACAUCCCGCACCAUGGCUCUCCCGCCCAAAUUCGGGGGCCACCGUCUGGUCAUCACCGAUGCCACGGCCAGCGGCCCCUCGGCCAACGAGCCGCUCCACACGCUCGAGUUCUACCUCGACUACGUCUGCCCCUUCUCAGCCAAACUCUUCAAGACACUCACAACGACCGUGAUCCCUCACAUCCGCUCCAACCCGGCCCUGGCCGGGCGCGUGCAGCUGAUCCUGCGGCAGCAGAUCCAGCCGUGGCACCCGUCGUCGACGCUGGUGCACGAGGCGGCGCUGGCGGUGAACCGACUGCUCCUGCAGCGCGCGAGUAGCAGCGGCGACGCCGCGGCGGCGGCGGCAGCGGCGGCGGAGCAGUUCUGGACGUUCUCGGGCGCGCUGUUCGCGCGGCAGACGGCCUUCUUCGACGAGGCGGUCGCGCGCGAGACGCGCAACGAGACGUACCGCCGGCUGGCGCGGCUGGCGGCCGAGGCGCUCGGCGACGGGCUCGUCAGCGAGGCGGACGUGUACGGCCUGCUGGAGGUCAGGGAGGGCGAGGUCGGCGGGGAGGGCAAGAACGCGGGCAACGCGGUGACGGCGGACGUCAAGACUGUCGUCAAGAUGGCGCGGCUGACGGGCGUGCACGUCUCGCCGACCGUGCUGUUCAACGGCGUCGUGGUUGGGGAGAUUAGCAGUGGGUGGACGGGGGAGCAGUGGAUCGAGUGGUUGGGGAAGAAUAUCGUUUAACCAAGGUAGAUAUAGCUAGGGAGGGAGGUUAGGGUGAGACCUUCAAGGGGGGUGAAAGGUUGGUAGCCUAGGUAGUUGGUGACAGGACUGUCUCGUGAGAACUUGCGAGGCGAGCUUCUUAAGUGCUGCUGCUCGCGUUCCCUUCUUCUCCCUCG